AUGGGCAAUCAUCAUAGCCAGUCCUACUCCCUCUCAGAAGGCAGUCACCAGUUGCCCCAAAGGGGUAGCCAGCUCCCGACAGUGCAGCCUGUCAGCCAUCCAGGAGGGAGCAGGGAGCCAGAGGGACAGCAGCCCGCCAAAACUAAAAGUCAUCAGGGCUUUGAUGUGGACCGAGAUGCCAAAAAGCUGAACAAAGCCUGCAAAGGAAUGGGAACCGAUGAGGCUGCCAUCAUCGACAUCUUAUCCAGCAGGACUUCGGAGCAGCGGCAACAAAUAAAGAACAAGUACAAGGCAACCUAUGGCAAGGACUUGGAGGAGGUACUCAAGAGUGAGCUGAGUGGAAACUUUGAGAAGACAGCCUUGGCCCUUCUGGACCGCCCCAGCGAGUAUGCUGCCCGGCUGCUGCAGAAGGCCAUGAAGGGUCUGGGCACAGACGAGGCGGUGCUUAUCGAGGUCCUCUGCACAGGAUCCAAUAAGGAAGUUGUUGCCAUUAAGGAGGCCUACCAACGGCUAUUUGACAGAAGCCUUGAGUCAGAUAUCAAAGAUGAUACAAGUGGGAACCUAAAAAAAAUCCUGGUGGCCCUGUUACAGGCUAACCGGGAUGAAGGCGAUGACAUUGACAAAGACCUAGCAGGCCAGGAUGCCAAAGAUCUGUACGAAGCAGGGGAAGGCCGCUGGGGCACCGAUGAGCUUGCUUUCAAUGAAGUUCUGGCAAAGAGGAGCUUCAAGCAACUACGAGCCACCUUUCAAGCUUAUCAAGUUCUCAUCGGCCAAGACAUCGAGAAGGCCAUUGAAGAAGAAACAUCAGGGGACCUGAAGAAAGCCUACUUAACUCUUGUAAGGUGUGCCCGAGACCGAGAGGGCUACUUUGCAGAGUGUCUGUACAAAUCCAUGAAGGGUGUGGGCACCGAUGAGGAGACGCUAAUCCGUAUCAUCGUGACAAGAGCUGAGGUUGACCUUCGGGGAAUAAAAGCAAAGUUCCAAGAGAAAUACCAGAAGUCUCUGUCCGACAUGGUUCAGUCUGACACCUCUGGGGACUUCCGGAAACUUCUGGUGGCCCUCUUGCACUGA